AUGAGUAGUACCCCUGGGUCUCGAACCCGAGCUAGCAUCCCGGAAGUACAGAAAAAGGCUCUUCGGGUUUGGCAAAGGAGCCAAAAGCCCCGUCCCACCCAUGCGGCCAGCGUUGCCUGGUUUGAGCAAACUUACGGUCGGCGACUGACUCAAUCUACUAUAUCCACCAUCCUGUCAAAGAAAUAUGAUUAUCUUGAUACUACAGCUCCAUCGAGCAGGCUCCGUCACCGGCCAUCCCAGUGGCCAAUUCUAGAUGAGCGUUUGUCGGAUUGGCUCAAAGAUGCCCAAAUUGGAGGUGCAGUGAGUGGCGAGCAGAUUCUUCACAAAGCAGAUGAGAUAUUCAAAAAUAUUCCUGAAUAUGUUGAUUUCCCUGGCCCUCAAUUCAGUCAGGGAUGGUUAUGGAAGUUCAAGCAACGGCAUCAAGCUCGCCUUAUAGAGGCACAAAACCAGGGCUCUGCCCCUGCGGUGCCCGAAAAUCGACGCAAAGAGCUCCAUGUACUUCGUACUUUUUGUGGAGAGUUCCAAGAAGAUAAUAUAUAUAACAUGGAUGAAACGGGCUUGAUGUGGCGAAGAGCUCCCUUCGAUGCAUCUCGUAGCCCGAGUCAUGAGCUCAACAAAGACCGCUCGCGGAUCUGCUUGAUGGUGUGCACCAAUUGCACUGGAUCCGAUCGUCUUCCACUUUGGGUGAUUGGUCACAAGAGUAAUCCGGAUGCCCUUAAGGGAGUCAACCUGAAAGCCUUGGACUGCGAGUGGCGUCACAGCCCUCCUGCUUGGGUAACACCCCAAAUCAUGUCAGAGUGGCUCUUAAAUUUUUACCAACAUAUUGGUACCUCCAGACGAGUCCUAUUGCUGCUAGAUGACUUUAACAUUCAUGUGACAGCUGUCGAGACAACACCACCACCACCAAAUGUACACAUUCAGCUUUUCCCUGCGAAUUUGCCGGCACAACCUGCCAAUGCCCCAACAGUGCGCCAGCCGCUUUCACUUGGAAUCAUGCAGCAUCUAAAGCAGCAUUACCGAAAAAGAUGGCUCAAUUAUAUAGUCGCUGGCUUUGAAUCUGGUCAGAGUCCUAUCUGUAAGAUGAGCCUUUACCAUGCACUCUGCUGGAUCACUCGAAACUGGCGCCAUGAUGUUGCAAAUGGAACAAUCUAUAAAGCCUUUCGGAAAAGCACCCUCAUCGACCCCUGUGUCAAUUAUCUCUCUGCGCCAAAACUGCCAGAAAUGAAAGAUCUAUAUGAAAAAAUUGCUUCUUUUAUGGUGAAUGGGGAGGUUUCGCAAAGUCUAGAGGAAUGGCUGAAUCCCGUGGAAGAGGAGUUCAUUGAACGGUCCCAUGAGAUGAGUUGGUAUAACCAAAAUGUUGACACUUCCUUUCUCGAUGAUCCUUUCAUCCCGAUUCCUGCACACGAAAUGAUACCUACAUCGAUGGAAGCUAUAUCCGGAAUACAAACUGCUAUUCGAUACAUGCUACAUCAGCCAACAACGACGGCGAACGAUGUAUUGUAUCUAGAAACCUUGGAGAAAGUUUUGAGCCGUAGGGCUCUGAACGAAAAGAUUUACGUGCAAAACCAAUCAUCGCAGCGACAAACACUUGGCCAAGCCCAGAGGCAAAGUCAAUACGCAAGCCACGAGGAUACAUCAUAUGUUCAUGAAACACAGAGUCCAAGAGACGAUAUCACACUAGGCUUAGUGGGGAUAAAUAGAAGCGAACCAACACCCACCCGGCCUGCAUUUCGAGUAGAACUUUCGAAAAAUGACUCCCAUCAAUUCAUCACUCAAGAUGCAUCUCGACUUGAGAGUCAAGCGGCAGGCGAAACCCUAGCUCAAACAUCGAGUCAAGGUCGAGCCUUUGUUAACAGCAAAGUAGGAAAUGAGAUUUCAAGUGAAGAUAUGAACUAUGCGCCAAUUGAAGGAUCGGAUGACGCAUCAUUUGAUGAAGAUUUAGAAAUUUAA